UGGUGUUUUGCUAAAUUCAUUUUUUUGCAUUAUUUGUGCUGCUGGUACUGUUGUUAUUAUUAUUAUUAUUAUUAUUAUUACUGUUGUCGCAUCGCAUUCUCUGCGUCUAUUAUUUAAAUUUUGUUAAAUGUUUUAAUUGACGUGCAGCGGCUAAAGAAGGUGUGCAAAAAGCGGAUCACAACAUGACGGAUACAGAAAAUGAAAUUCAGCCGGCGGCCGUGCCUGUUGAGUCUGGCGGCGAGUCUGUGCCCGUAGCCACAAUCUCCCCGAUGCCCUCUGCGCUCACAGAUGAACCGAAACAAGCACCAACUGCAGCUCCUGAAGAGCCCAAGGCUACGGAAAAUGGCAAAGCGUUGGUCGAAGCUAAGAAAAUAUCCGAACCGGUGUCAAAUGGUCAUGACUUCAAUGAUGCCGCGAAUGUGGCUGAAGCAGAGGGACAACAGAAGAAACUGCCGUAUCCGAAGUCGGUGUUUUUCAUUAUUAGCAAUGAGUUUUGCGAGCGCUUCAACUACUACGGCAUGCGAACUGUGUUGGUGCUUUUCCUCAGCUACCAGCUAGGUUACUCCAAUGAUACGGCAACGGUUGUGUUCCACAUCUUCACCAUGUUUGUUUACUUCCUCUGCGUUUUCGGCGCCAUCAUUUCGGACUCUUGGCUGGGCAAGUUCAAGACUAUAUUGAAUCUAUCACUCGUCUAUAUAUGCGGCUCUGUUCUGCUGACAUUGGGCGCCAUUGGACCACUGAACUUGCCCGUGGAAACAUUCACCAUGAUCGGCCUGGCGCUUAUUGCGCUCGGCUCGGGCGGCAUCAAGCCCUGUGUGUCGGCCUUUGGUGGCGAUCAGUUCAAAAUGCCCGAGCAGGUUAAGCAGAUAACGACAUUCUUCUCACUGUUUUACUUCUCGAUCAAUGCCGGCUCACUCAUUUCGACAUCGGUAACGCCGAUUCUGCGCGAGGAUGUGCACUGCUUUGGUGAGAAGGAGUGUUAUCCUUUGGCUUUUGGUGUUCCCGCUGUUCUCAUGAUUGUGUCGGUGAUCAUCAUUGUGCUGGGUCGACCAUUAUAUAAAAUCAAGCCGCCAGCAGGCAAUAUGGUGGUGUUGGUUAGCAAGACCAUUUGGACUGCACUGCGCACCAAGUGCAAGGAGAAGAAAACCAACCCGCGCGAACACUGGCUGGACUAUGCUGAUCAGAAGUACGACCGCCAAUUGAUCGAUGAUGUGAAGGUCCUGAUGCGGGUGCUGUUCCUGUAUCUGCCACUGCCUGUGUUCUGGGCACUUUUUGAUCAGCAGGGCUCCCGUUGGACCUUCCAAGCCACGCGCAUGGACGGCGACAUGGGAUCUUGGGACAUUAAGCCGGAUCAGUUGCAAGUUCUGAAUCCUUUGCUCAUUCUGGUCUUCAUUCCGCUCUACGAUGUCGCCUUUUAUCCGGCACUCCGACUCGUUGGCAUCAGUCGACCGUUGCAGAAAUUGACAAUGGGUGGCGUUUUGGCUGGCAUUGCGUUCAUCAUUUCCGGCGUUGUGGAGCUCAAUCUGGAGCGCACAUAUCCUGUAAUUGCUAGCACUGGCAACACGCAGUUCCGAGUGUUUAGUGGCACGCCGGGCUGUCAUUACCAAUUCCGGAGCAAUCUCUUGGGCUCUGGCAGCAACUUUACAUUGCAGGGCAUUGAUUUCUUCUACAGCGGCAUCGUGGCAACCAGCAAUGGCAGCUUCACGCUCGAUUAUAGCAUUGAGUCCCUGACAGCAGGCUGUACGAGACUUAACGGUGGCACCCAAAUUCUGAAGGAGGCCAAGGCGCACACUUUGUUCCUACGACCCAAUCACACCGUGGCCAAUUUCUGGUAUGAGGACGAAGUCCAGAAAUCGAACAAGUCCAAGGCACUAGUGCGCACACUAGCUAAUACACCGGCUACCACGCGAAUUGUUUGGCGCGAGACGAAAUCGGGCUAUACGGCACUGGACGAGCCAGCAAGGAACCACGACUUAUACGAAUUGAGCACCAUGGAGUACGAUGUGCUGGUUAGCGAGGUGCUGGUGCAUCAGCAGUUCCUGCGUCAUGGCGGCGUCUACGCUUUGGUCAUUGGCGGGAGCAGUGACAGAUUAGUGUCGCGCAUGUUUGAGGUCACUACGCCCAAUUCCAUGAGCAUUUUAUGGCUAACACCACAGUACGUGGUCAUGACACUCGCCGAGGUGAUGUUUUCGGUUACGGGCCUGGAAUUCUCCUAUGCGCAAGCGCCACCGAGCAUGAAGUCCGUGCUGCAGGCCUGCUGGCUGCUCACAGUAGCGUUUGGCAAUGUUAUUGUGGUGGUGGUAGCCGAAUUGAAGUUCUUUCAGUCGCAGGCCAACGAGUUCUUUCUCUUUGCGGGUUUAAUGUUUGUCGAUAUGCUAGUUUUUAUGUGGAUUGCCUACUACUACAUACCCAAUGAUGAGAAGGUCCCCUCAACCGAGCUGGUAACUGAACAUCUCGAAAUGUUGAAGGGCAGCAGCAGCUGCAACAACGGCGAGAGUGAACGUGCCACAGGCAGCACGGAGAGCUCUCAAAGUUAUUAUGAUGCACAGCCAUCGCAUUGGCCACGUUACCGUCGAUACGACGAGGUGGACUGAUGCAUGUAACCAGCAACAACACAUUAUGCCCAAAGAUUGUGACAUAUGUACCUUUAUGCUGUACUUCAAAUUUCUGUGCUAAGAGCUAAAUAAACUUAUUCCUGUUACUUAAAAAA